UUGAUUGGAAUUUAUUUCAGACGAAAUUUCGGUGAAGGCCUAGAACGAGACGGAGCUGCUGUUGCCAUCUAUCAUCGAGGAAAGCUCGUCGUUGACCUUUGGGGAGGAUAUGCUGAUCGAGAAUCAAACGUUAUUUGGAAACGAAACACACGAACAGUUCUUUUUUCAGCGACAAAGGCAAUUUCCGCUCUUUGUGUGGCCGUCCUUGUUGACCGAGGUUUAGUGAAUUACGACGACCGCUUAGUGGAAUUUUGGCCAGAGUAUGGCACUUAUGGAAAAGAAAACACCACCGUGGAAGACGUGUUGACUCACAAGGCUGGACUACCAUACCUCGACGAAGAAAUCGAUUUGCACGAUGUCAGAGAUUUUGAACGAAUUCGAAGGAAAAUCGAACGAGCUCGACCGAUCUGGACUCCAGGAACGGCAAGCGGCUAUCACGCUGUCACGUUUGGCUUCUUGGUCGAUGGCAUCGUUCGUCAUGUUGAUGAGAAGCAACGCGAUCUGAAGACAUUUUUCCAAGAAGAAAUCGCUCAGCCAUAUGGCCUCUCCGUAGACAUCGGCGUACGGAAAGAGGAAGCAUACCGUGUAGCUCGAGUGACAACACCAUCGCUUUGGGAAUUUUUACGUGACUGUAUUAAAAAUCCCAAACUGAUUGCCAUGCUCGGUAUAAUGUAUGCUCGUUUGGACGAGAUAAUCUGGAAAAUGCGCGACAACACCAAAUGGCUACUUAUCAAUUAUGAUACGGUUGCUGUCAAUGAUCCAGAAGUUCUCGAGCUUCCGAUGCCGGCUGUGACGGGAGUCUCCAGCGCACCAGAUCUCUCACGGCUAUUUUCACUUGCUCUCGAUGGCUCAAUACUUUCGAAUAGAACCCUUGAAAUGAUAAGCUCUCCUACGCUUGAUAGUUGGCAUCUCGAAAAGGUCACUCUCUGGCCUGUCCGAAAAGGCCAUGGAUUCUUCUACGAACGAAAUCCAGUCGUUCCCGGCACCUUCACUUUUGGCCAUCCUGGAUACGGUGGCCAGUUUGUGCAUGUAGAUCCUGCAAAUCAAUUAGUACUUGCAUAUUUGGCAAACGGUCUGAAAACGGGCACUGGAGAGCUGUGCGGGACCUAUAUGAGACUGCUUCGAGCCACAUACAAUUCGUUACAGGGGCGAUAG